CGAGUCACACACAUCAUACACCACCACAAAUAGGCUGGCGUCAGGUCCUGUCUGUAUGACCGCAUGUACUGACGGAAAAGAUCUUGCCAGAAACUGAGGAUUCUGCAUACGCCUAUAUUAAACACAUACACGUAUCUAACCGUGGUUAUUAAUUUGAUCAGCAUGGCAUGUAUAACAUGUUGUCGACGCAUACAUGUACAAGAAGUGAAUCAACUGCAGCUCACCUCUGGCCGUAUACAGCGAGUAGCUUUGCAUACAACACGUAAUCAAUUGUCCAGUUAUCUGAGGAGGAGCGGAAGCAUUGCUAAUGGGCUGAGAAGUCCUGUCACAGCGCACUAUACUAACGUAAAUCAGUCAUGUGUGUAUAGUUUGACAGCUGGUUCACAUACAUUUCCAACCUCACAGUCACAUAGCCUCUCACAAUCCCAGAGAUACACCCACACAGUCUCCGGCAAUAGAAGGCAUACAGCUGGUAUCACAACACGUGUCUGUCCAACUACACCACACUCCCAUAGACCGCUUUAUAGACGUAUACACAGUGGUAGUGCUGUUACGACAACCCACCGCAAGACCCUUGCUCAACUCAAUAACAUACUAUCACACAACACCAACCCGCUACCGUUAAGGAGAUAUUGUACGGUUGUGGAGAGGGACAGUGAUGCACAGAAUGCCACAGAUGCAUCGAAGUGGGUGACGGUCAUAGGUCUAGAGCUGCAUGCGCAGAUACGUGCUAGUACAAAACUGUUCUCCGGUGCGCCUGUUGGGUUUGCGUCGCCUCCGAACUCUGAUGUGGCUCUGUUCGACUGCUCUAUGCCUGGUGCAUUACCGGUCCUAAACCAGCGAUGUGUGGACGCGGCCGUGGCCACCGGACUAGCACUGGGGUGCACGCCCAAUCUGACCUCACGGUUCGACCGCAAGCACUACUUCUACUUUGACCAGCCCAGCGGAUACCAGAUCACACAGCUGCACCACCCCAUUGUGGGAGAGGGAGCCGUGAGUGUUUUUGUACAGGGGGAUGUGGUGUGGCUGAUAGUUGUUUGGACUUGUAUCUGGUUUUGUGGUUCACGCUAAGUAUAUAAUGACACCCUGGGAUACAGUGACGGUAAAUGGUUGUUUUUAUAUUUACCUACACUCGUACUUUGUGGGUUGUACAGAGAGUACAUCCAUUCUGCGAUACAUAUGUUGGGAUAUUUAUA